AGUCUUCUUUCACCCACCCUUCAUCGGCUAGACCCAUCUCUCUCUCUCUCUCUCUCUCUCUCAUUAUAAAGCAGACCAUGUUUGAUUUGGGUGAUGAACUAAUAAUUGAAAACUACAGAAUUCCAUGGUUAAUAUGGAUCCAGCUAGUAGUACUCUUCCUCCUCAUAAUUAUCCUCUUCUAUUUCAGCAUCUCAACUUCAGAUCUCUCAGAGAACACCACCACCGCCACCGCCACCGCCACUGCUUCGCAUCAGUCAAGGGGCAGCCUGGUAAUAUCAACUAAAUCUCACAACAACAACCCAGCACGGCUCAACACCACAAGCUCUUCACACAAAUCCAAGGUAAGAGAGAACCAAAGCAAAGGAGGAGAAACAGGAACAAGCACAAGCAGAAGAAGAGUAAAAUCAGGAGAAGACAGCCAAGAAAGUGAUCAAGGCACUUCAACAAAGGAUGUGACCCAUUUUUCCAGUUUUGAACAUUCAUACCACCCUUGCCACUAUCUUGGGCUAGCUAAACAAGCAGUGCUCAAGUGUUUGGGCUUGGAUUUCUUAUUUGAGAGCUCUUCCAACAAAGAAGCCGGAAAAGAACACUAAUGUAUGCCUGUCUCACAAAUGCACACACCAUAGGACUGUAACUGAAUUAAGCUGUUCAUAAAUAGCUUGGGAUUGCCUCCUUCAAGUUUGUUAGUUUAUUAAACAAAUCGAGCUCGAACUCAAUUGUAAAAGUUGCUUAGUAAAUGGGUCGGGUCCGAGUAAUGAACAUAUAUAAUAUAUAUGUAUAAUAUGUAUCAUGUAUAACUGACCCGAUUUUGUUUUUUGAACAUGAGUCGGAACUUGCGUUCAAG